CAAUACAUAAAACUUCAAGAACUCGCUCUUUCUCAUCUCAAAAACGAGUGGCAAUUUCUUCCUUCUGCAGAAUCCAUCUCAAUAUCACGGCUUGAAUGGUUGCCACCAUCAGUUUUUUCAUGCUUCCUACUUCAUCUUCUUCUGCGCCUAAUCAUUUCGAACAAUCGUCUCCAUUUCCAUGCUUCCUUUUCAUCCUUUGGUUCUCAUAAACAAGCCUGGUUGGCAUCGACCUUGAUCCUUGAACACAAUUCACAACAAGAUAUCAUUUUCUUCCGCUUAAUUUUCUCAAGUAUCAUUAAUUAUAAUUGGAUAAAAGAAAAUCCGAAAUAUGGAUAUGAGAACGAAGAAAUCCAUUUCCAAAAAGAAGAAAAAUAAUGAUGGUCAGAAUAUGAAAACGAAGAGAAAUAGAUUCUUGAUUAUUAUCAAUGUAUUUGGGAGUGCAGGGCCAGUAAGAUUUAUUGUGAAUGAAGAUGAUAAUGCUGCAGCGGUGGUUGAGACUGCUUUAAAAUUAUAUGCUCGUGAGGGCCGCCUUCCAAUUCUUGGUUCUGAUGUCAACAGUUUCUUUCUCUACCCUGCCAAUGCUGGAUUGGACGUUCUUUGUCCAACGGUGUCAAUAGGAUCGAGUGGAUUAAGGAACUUCGUUUUGUGCAAGAAGCAAAUCAAUCCACACGAGUGAAGCAAGGUCAAAGGUUAUUACUCAAAACGGAGGAGGAUGGCGUGCGUGGCUCCCGAAAUCCAUUAGUCCGUGUUUGGUGGGGGUUUAAAAUUUGAUAAAAGUUUAAGUCAAAGUCAAUUAUUAAUUUUAACCACAUGUUUAAUCUGAUUUAUAACUUAUUUACUAAAAAUCUAUUAGUUGUACCAAACAAGAACUUAAUUUUAAAAUAUUAUCUCAUUGAAAUUGCUUUAUUUACUCUCUUGGGCUCCUGUAGCUUGUUUAAAAAAGUGUAUUGUACAUCCACUGGAUGAUAAUAAAGAAUAAAAAUAGAUGAAAAUAUUAUGCAAUCCCAUCUUUGUAAAAGUGUGUUGUAAUGUGGAGAAUUUUUAUGGAUGUAAUGUGAAAUUUGUAUUCAA